AUGAAAUUUACAUUGAUUAUAUUAUGCCUUAUAAUUGGAUCAUUCUCACAAGAUCUCUAUUUUGUGAGUGAUCCUGAAGCAUUAUGUUUGGAUGGUUCAAGAGGAGUACUUCAAUAUAAUAUUUAAGUCUUAUUAUUUUGCUGAAGGAUACGGAUCAGGAUCAUAGAAUUUCAUAUUUCACUUUACUGGAGGAUCGUAAGAAUCUUAAUAUAUCUAAUUAGUUGGAUUCAAGGAUUGAACGAAUAAUAAUUGUUAAAUUCAGCAUACAAAAGGUAUGAUCUAUAUAGAUUAUGAUCUGAGACAUAAUUGGGAAGUUCAAAAUACAAUGAACCAAAAAUUACAUAUAAUGGAUUCUUUUCUAGAUCACAAUCUUUGAAUCCUGAUUUCUAUAAUUGGAAUAUCAUUAAUAUCAAUUAUUGUGAUGGAACAGGUAUAUGUUAUAGAAUUAAUAUUUAGGACAUUAAGGUUAUAAGAAAGAUGCUGCAUUAUAUAAUGGAAAAAAAUUAUAUUUCAGAGGAGAUAAAAUAGUGAAAUCAAUUAUUAUUGAAUUCUAUGAAAGAAUGAGUAAAGGUGGUACAGUAAUAGUUUCUGGUUGUUCAGCAGGAGGAUUAGCAGCUUAUUAUUGGGUUGAAUAUUUUAGAGAUAUAUUACCUUUGAAUGUUUAAGUAUUGGGAGUACCUGAUUCUGGAAUCUUUAUUGAUAUGAAAUCUAUUGAUGGUACUGAAUUACCAAAAUUAUCAUUGAUUGAAAUGCAAAAAUUAGUUAAUUAAGAAGCUAGUAAUCCUAAUGCUGAAUGUGUUUAAAGUAAUCCUAAUGAAUUAUGGAAAUGUUUCUAUGCUCAAUAUUUAUUAAGGUAUAAUAAUUCAUAUUUUUUAUAUUAGAUAUGUCAAUGUGCCCAUUUUUAUUGUCAAUUCUUUAUAUGAUACUGCUAGUAUUAAAGAUCUAUUACAAAUAUCAUGUGUAGCUAGAAAUUCUUUGUCAGGUUGUUCUUAAAAAGAAAGAAAAUAUAUUGAAGAAUUACAUUCUAGCAUUUAGACUGUCAUUUCAGGUAGACGAUCAAUCUUUAGAGAUACAGGUUCUUUUGCACCUGCAUGUUUAGAACAUUGGUAAAUAUAAUUUUUUAAAUUUACUUUAGUUUUUUAUAAACUACAUAUUAUUAAUCAACUUCAUGGUAAGUUCCAGGAAAAUCUGGAUUUACUAUUCAAAAGAGUUUGAGAUAAUGGUUAAGUCAAUUCAAUGUUGGAAAUUUGGAUAAUCAUAUUGAUUCAGUAGAUUGGCCUAGUAAUGAAGCUUGUUCGAAUGCUUGA